UGACAGUCAGCUGAUAGGCUACAGAGAGCAGCAUAGAUUAUGGAGGCAUGUAGCUACAAAUAUUCAUAUUUAUUUGUAUAAACCUAUCUCUAGGCUAGUUGCAGUUUUGAAUAACGCCGGCUCGUCAAUGUUGGAAGUACCCUUCUGACUGGGCCACCUAGUUAGCAUUUUAAUAAUCUCCUGUUAUUUUUUUACUAGGGGCAUGCAGUCUGUGCUAUGUUUUAAGGGUGCUACACAUUUUGGAGGGACUUGUCAAGAAUAUUCAAGAAGCGCAGUAUCUUUGGCACACCAAUAAACCACACAUGCUCGGCGUAGAUUUGAUUGCUCGUUCCCGCAAUAGUGUCCGCCAUUUUGAUUUAAAAUAUGUGAGAAUCCUUUUCUGUCUUGCUCCAAUCUCCAGGAUAAAAGCGACAACUAAUUUACUGAACCUGGGAUUGUCCUAUACACAGUUGGAAGGGUCAGGCAGCUGCUGGUUGCAGAGGUAGUGAUGGCUUGUGUGUGAGGGAGUGUGUGUGUGUAAUCAUCCAUACAGAUUCAUGACCGUUCCUACCUGCAUAUUUGAUAUAAAUGACUGAAGAGGUCUGACCUAGGACACACAUUUUACUAAGCAGCAGCAGCCAUGUUCUGGAAGUUUGACCUGCACACGUCGUCCCAGCUGGAGGCCCUGCUUGAGAAAGACGAUGUCACGCUCACUGAGCUCAUGGAGGAGGAGGACGUACUGCAGGAGUGCAAGGCCCAGAACCGCAGGCUGCUGGUCUUCCUGUCCCAGGACACCUGCAUGCAAGAGCUGCUGCACCUCAUCACCACAGAGCCACCUGCUGGUCUGGAAGAGAUCAAACGCUUCAAGCAUCCUAACAUAGCAUGUGAGCUGCUGACGAGUGAUGUAGGCGUGAUAAAUGAUAAGCUGGGGGGAGAGAAGCCCCUUCUGGACAUCCUCUACUCCUUCCUGGAGCAGCCCCCUCCCCUCAACCCCCUCCUUGCAUCCUUCUUCAGCAAGACCAUUGGAAACCUCAUCACACGCAAGACCGAACAGGUGAUCUCCUUCUUGCGGGGAAAGGAGGGUUUCCUGGGUCUGGUUCUUAAACACAUCAACACAUCGGCCAUGAUGGACCUCCUGCUACGCCUCAUCAGCUGUGUAGAUCCUGCUCCUCUCCGACAAGACACACUCAAUUGGUUGAAUGAAGAGCGGCUGGCUCAGAGGCUCAUAGAACUCAUUCACCCUGGGAAAGACACGGAGAGACAGUCAAAUGCGUCCCAGACUGUGUGUGACAUCAUCCGUUUGAGCAGAGACCAGACCAAUCAGCUCCAAGAGAACUCUGAGGCCGACCCUCUGCUUGCCGUGCUGGAGUCGCAGGAGUGUGUGAGUCAGCUGCUGGACAACAUGUUUGUGGGAGAGAGCACAGAGAGCUGCAUCGUCUACGGAACUCAAGUCCUUCUCACCUUACUGGAGAUCAGGAGGCCGGGAGUGGAAGGUGUGCUGGAUGUGUGUGUUCUGGGAUAUGAGAGGUGCGUCGUCAGCAGCAUCCUGCAGGCUGUCCAACCCCACCUCAAACACUACCACCAACUACUGCUGGAUCCUCCCAGGCGGACCCCCAUGCUGACCAGUCUAGGUGUGUUGGAGGUGCCACUGGGUAACUGUCGUCUCCAUGUGGCCAGACUAAUGGCCUCCCUACUACAGACUACUAACAUGAGUUAUUACACCUGUUUUGACGACACUAUUUAUAACAACACCGUCACACUGGAGCUCUGCAGACUCCAGACCAUAAGCCUCCUACUGGACCUGUUCUUUAAGUACACCUGGAACAACUUCCUGCACUUCCAAGUGGAACUGUGUGUGGCAGCCAUUCUCAGCCACUCUGCUCAGGAGGAGAGGCCCCAGGUUAGCCUGAUUAUCCAGGAAAGGCCCUUGGUUCCCCUGGAGGACAUUCCCCAGGCCAGCUUUGUGGCCCAGGAAAAACCCAUGUUUCCCCAGAAGGAGAAUCCUCAGGGCAGCCUCCCGACCCAGGAAAAGCCCAGGCUUCAGCAGGAGCCCCAGGAAAACCAUGCCUUGCCUGGCCCCAAACCAACACUGCCCUCUGUUCCUCCUGACAUCUCCACACAUAACCCACUGGUGACCCAUUUGUUUCAGGACUGUCGUCUGAUUCAGAGGAUAUUGGAGGCCUGGGAGGAGAAUGAUAAGACUCAGGCAGAGGGGGGUAUGAGGAGAGGCUACAUGGGUCACCUGACAAGAAUCGCUAAUACUGUAGUCUGUAACAUGGAGAAAGGACCAGUCCGCAUCCAGAUCAGCAGCCUUAUUACAGAGCUGCCUAAGGAUUGCAGGGGGCGCUGGGAGAGCUUUGUAGACCAGGCCCUGACAGAGACCAACAGGAAGAACACUGUAGACCUGGUGUCUCACAACCUGCGCUCCUCCAGUGAAGACGAUGACCGACAGAGUCCCUUCCCCAAAGAGUUGUCACUGCAACAGACAUUCUCAGACUACCAAAUCCAGCAGAUGACUGCUAACUUUGUGGAUCAGUUUGGCUUCAAUGACGACGAGUUCUCAGAACACGGCGACAACAUCAGCGCCACCUUUGACCGGAUCAAAGAGAUCAACUUCAACGUGGACACAGAGGACACUGCUAAGACUGCAGCAUUUGAGGCCUGCACUAAAGAGAAGAUACAGUUGUUUGAUGACAGCGAGGAAGAAGACAUCUGGGAGGAGAGAGAGAUCAACUAUACUAUGCACACUAAGUCUAGGACCAGGUUUGGGGGGCCACAGACGUCUGUUGGAUCGGCUCAGAGUGAUGGGAUGAGCGAUACUCCUGAUAAGUCAACAGGUUCUGACACAGAGGGGGAGGUGCCUAAUGAGGUCACAGGUCAGACUGAACACAGCAAGAACAUCAGCCAGACGGAGACUGCACAGAGCCCUGGCUGGGCGGCUAGUUUCGGGGAGGUGAACUUUAACUCCCCCUCAUCUGGAGUGGACCCAUGGGGUAGCCCCGCCCCCAAGCCUGGAGUGGGCGUAGACCCAUGGGGUAGCCCCGCCCCCAAGCCUGAAGUGGGUGUAGACCCAUGGGGUAGCCCUGCCCCCAAGCCUGAAGUGGGUGUAGACCCAUGGGGUAGCCCCGCCCCCAAGCCUGGAGUGGGCGUAGACCCAUGGGACAGCCCUGCCCCCAAGCACGGAGUGGCCGUAGAUGCAUGGGGAAGUCCCGCCCCACAGCCUGUAACUACAGAGGCUGAGAAGGGCUGGGCCAAGUUCACUGACUUUCAGCCCUUUUGCUGUUCAGAGACAGGUUUGAGAUGCACUUCUCCAGUGGACUCUGAGAUCUGUGGGUCAGACAAAACUAAACCCAGCCAGGGAAUGAACCCAUGUGUGUGGAGUGUGUGUGUGGCGAGGAAGGCUCCCCUGGUAGCAUCAGACACCUCUUCAUCAGGAGGCUCAGACAGCGAGGAAGAGGAAGAAAAGACUGAAUCUGUUACUAUGGAGAUAGUAUCCAAGGAAAUGGUCACUACAGAGACCAUCGUCACAACCGCCGGACUGGAGACCAUCAGACUUAACAUGAAUGUCAAGAACGAGAGAGCUGGCUUCAACAGUGAGGUUGACAUGAAAGAGAAGGAAAAGGAGAAAAAGAGGGUGAUGGGUGAAGACCUGCUUAAUGCCACAGCUGCUCCUCUCACAGAUCGCCCUGCCACCGUCACAAAAGAGACACCCUCCUCAGCAAAUGGACCGGCCUAGUACUGCGCUACCACAACACUUACACACUCCAUUCCCUAGCUAACACAACCACACUCCACUUCCCAACAACACUCUAUGACAUGCAACAUCCUGUAUUUGUGAGCAGUGCUGUCCUGUCAUUGGUCCAUGUCAAGGACAUCUAUGGUGGUUGAGCAGGAGAAAAGCAGAAGAGAAAAGCCAGUUCAGAAUCCAGACCACAGCUCUUAAACACCAACAACCAAUAAACAGAUUAAUGUGAUGUUUGUCCCUGCCCUUCUGCUGAAGCCUCUCCUACACACCUAUCACCACCCUACACACUGGGACGUGUGUGUGUGUGUGUGUGUGUGUGUGUGUGUGUGUGUGUGUGUGUGUGUGUGUGUGUGUGUGUGUGUGUGUGUGUGUGUGUGUGUGUGUGUGUGUGUGUGUGUGUGUG